GCUGCGCAGUGCUGGGGAAGACGGGGAUCCCCGGGCGCGAGCCGAAGAGAGGGGACCUGCAGCCCCAACUUCCCUCGUGCGCUUCUUCCCCUCUGUCCCUUCACCAGUUCCCUUCCCCUUCCCCCUGCCUCUACCUCCUCCGAGGCUCCCACCCCCGGGAGGCACAGGAAGGGACUCGCGCUAGCUGCCAACCGAACCAAACUUGGUGGCAGCUUGCCUACUGGUGAGGGCGUCUCACCCCCACCUUCUCAAGAUGCUCAGGGGUACGGGGUCCGGGCUCCUGCUGCUGGCCGUCCUGUGCCUGGGGACUGCGGUGCCCUCCACCCGAGUCUCCAAGAGCAAGAGGCAGGCUCAGCAAAUCAUUAUGCCCCAGGCCCCGGUGUCUGUCGGCCAAAGCAAGCCUGGUUGUUACGAUAAUGGGAAACAUUACCAGAUUAACCAGCAAUGGGAACGAACCUACCUGGGCAAUGCCUUGGUUUGUACAUGUUACGGAGGAAGCCGGGGUUUCAACUGCGAGAGCAAACCCGAACCUGAAGAGACUUGCUUUGACAAGUACACUGGGAAUACCUACCGCGUGGGUGACACCUAUGAACGCCCUAAGGACUCCAUGAUCUGGGACUGUACCUGUAUCGGGGCUGGGCGAGGGAGAAUAAGCUGCACCAUUGCAAACCGCUGCCAUGAGGGGGGUCAGUCCUACAAGAUCGGUGACACCUGGAGGAGACCCCAUGAAACUGGAGGUUACAUGUUAGAAUGUGUGUGUCUCGGGAAUGGGAAAGGAGAGUGGACUUGUAAGCCCAUAGCUGAGAAAUGUUUUGAUCAUACGGCUGGGACUUCCUACGUUGUUGGUGAAACCUGGGAGAAGCCCUACCAAGGCUGGAUGAUGGUGGACUGUACUUGUCUGGGAGAAGGCAAUGGGCGUAUCACCUGUACCUCGCGAAAUAGAUGCAAUGACCAGGACACUAAGACCUCCUACAGAAUUGGGGACACCUGGAGCAAGAAGGACAACAGGGGAAAUCUGUUGCAGUGCAUCUGUACUGGCAACGGAAGAGGGGAGUGGAAGUGUGAGAGGCACGCAUCUCUGCAGACGUCAACCGGAACUGGUCCCAUCUCAGAUGUCCGAACGGCCAUUUACCAGCCCCAGCCUCACCCGCAGCCGGUUCCAUAUGGUCACUGUGUCACGGACAGCGGCGUGGUAUAUUCUGUGGGGAUGCAGUGGCUGAAGACACAAGGGAACAAACAGAUGCUUUGCACUUGCCUGGGCAACGGCGUCAGCUGCCAGGAGACAGCUGUCACCCAGACUUUCGGUGGCAACUCAAAUGGGGAGCCAUGUGUCUUGCCAUUCACCUACAAUGGCAGAACCUUCUACUCCUGCACCACAGAAGGGCGACAGGAUGGACAUCUCUGGUGCAGCACAACUUCCAAUUAUGAACAAGACCAGAAGUAUUCUUUCUGUACAGACCAUAGUGUUUUGGUUCAAACCCGAGGUGGAAAUUCCAACGGUGCCUUGUGCCACUUCCCCUUCUUAUACAACAACCACAACUACACUGACUGCACCUCUGAGGGCAGACGAGACAACAUGAAAUGGUGUGGAACCACACUUAACUACGAUGCCGACCAGAAGUUUGGAUUCUGCCCCAUGGCUGCCCAUGAGGAAAUCUGCACGACCAACGAAGGCGUCAUGUACCGCAUUGGAGAUGAGUGGGAUAAGCAGCAUGAUAUGGGCCACAUGAUGAAGUGCACGUGUGUCGGGAACGGGCGUGGCGAGUGGACUUGCGUCGCCUACUCCCAGCUCCGAGAUCAGUGCAUUGUUGACGACAUCACCUACAACGUGAAUGAAACGUUUCACAAGCGGCACGAAGAGGGCCACAUGCUGAAUUGUACCUGCUUUGGUCAAGGCCGGGGCAGGUGGAAGUGUGACCCCAUCGACCAAUGCCAGGAUUCAGAAAGCCGGAAAUUUUAUCAAAUUGGAGACUCGUGGGAGAAGUUCGUGCACGGUGUCAGGUACCAGUGCUACUGCUAUGGGCGUGGCAUUGGGGAGUGGCAUUGCCAGCCCUUACAGACAUACCCAGGUUCAACUGGUCCUGUCCAGGUCAUCAUCACAGAGACACCCAGUCAACCUAAUUCUCACCCCAUUCACUGGAAUGCCCCAGAAUCCUCUCACAUUACCAAGUACAUUCUCAGAUGGAAACCUAAAAAUACUCGAGCCCGUUGGAAGGAAGCCAUCAUUCCAGGCCACCUAAAUUCAUACACCAUCAAAGGCCUGACCCCAGGGAUGAUCUAUGAGGGUCAGCUCAUCAGUGUGCAGCAGUAUGGCCAGAAAGAGGUGACACGCUUUGACUUCACCACCACUGGCACCAACUCCGGCUCCAGUGUACCAGUGAACAGCAACACUGUAACAGGAGAGACUACGCCCUAUUCUCCUUUCGUGACCACUUCUGAAUCUGUGACUGAAAUCACAGCCAGCAGCUUUGUGGUCUCUUGGGUCUCAGCUUCGGACACUGUGUCAGGAUUCCGCGUGGAGUAUGAGCUGAGUGAGGACGGUGAUAAACCCCGGUACCUCGAUCUUCCAAGCACAGCCACUUCUGUGAACAUCCCUGACCUGCUUCCUGGCAGAAAAUACAUUGUGAAUGUCUAUGAGAUCUCUGAAGAGGGAGAGCAGAGUUUGAUUUUGUCUACUUCCCAGACAACAGCACCUGAUGCCCCACCUCACUCCUCUGUGGACCAAGUGGAUGAUACCUCAAUUGUCGUCAGCUGGAGCAGACCCCAGGCACCCAUCACAGGAUACAGGAUCGUGUAUUCACCAUCUGUAGAAGGUAGUAGCACAGAACUCAACCUUCCUGAAACUGCCAACUCCGUCACUCUCAGCGACCUGCAACCUGGUGUUCAGUAUAACAUCACUAUUUAUGCCGUGGAGGAAAAUCAAGAAAGCACUCCUGUGUUCAUCCAACAGGAGACGACUGGAGUCCCCCGUUCAGAUGCUGUGCCUCCUCCCAAGGACCUGCAGUUUGUGGAAGUGACAGACGUGAAGAUCACCAUUAUGUGGACAGCCCCUGAGAGCCCAGUGACGGGAUACCGCGUGGAGGUGAUUCCGAUCAACCUGCCUGGAGAGCAUGGGCAGAGCCUGCCCGUCAGCCGGAACGCCUUUGCAGAGAUCUCGGGGCUGACUCCCGGGGUCACCUAUCACUUCAAAGUCUUCGCUGUGAACCAGGGGAGAGAGAGCAAACCGCUGACGGCAGAACAGACCACCAAACUGGAUGCUCCCACUAACCUCCAGUUUACCGACCAGACCGACUCCACCGUCAUGGUCAGCUGGACUCCACCUCGGGCCCGCAUAGACGGGUACCAAAUAAGCGUGGUCCUGACCCGGGGGGGACAGCCUAAGCAGUACAGCGUGGGGCCAUCGGCCAGGCAGUACCCCCUGAGGAAUCUGCAGCCUGGGUCUGAGUACACGGUGACCCUCGUAGCUGUGAAAGGCAACCAGCAGAGUCCCAAAGUCACCGGAGUCUUUAAUACUCUGCAGCCUCAAAGCUCCAUUCCACCGUACAAUACAGAAGUGACUGAGACCACCAUUGUCAUCACCUGGAUGCCUGCUCCAAGGAUUGGAUUUAAGCUGGGUGUACGGCCAAGCCAAGGAGGAGAAGCUCCAAGAGAAGUGACUUCAGACUCAGGAAGCAUUGUUGUCUCUGGCCUGACUCCAGGCGUGGAAUACAUUUAUACCAUCACAGUCCUGAGAGAUGGUCAGGAGAGAGACACCCCAAUUGUUAACAAAGUGGUGACACCAUUGUCUCCACCCACAAACUUGCACCUGGAUGCGAACCCUCACACUGGCGUGCUUAUUGUCUCCUGGGAGAGAAGCACCACACCAGACAUCAGUGGCUAUAGAAUUACUACCACCCCAACAAAUGGCCAGCAGGGAUAUUCUUUGGAAGAAGUGGUCGAUGAGGGCCAGAGUUCCUGUACUUUUGAAAACCUGAGUCCUGGCAUGGAGUACAAUGUCAGUGUUUACACUGUCAAGGAUGACAAGGAAAGUGUUCCUAUCUCUGAUACCAUCGUCCCAGAGGUGCCCCAACUCACUGACCUAAGCUUUGUUGAUAUAACCGAUUCAAGCAUCGGCCUGAGGUGGACCCCGCUAAACUCUUCCACCAUUAUUGGGUACCGCAUCACAGUAGUUGCAUCAGGAGAAGGGAUCCCUAUUUUUGAAGAUUUUGUGGACUCCUCAGUAGGAUACUACACAGUCACAGGGCUGGAGCCGGGCAUUGGCUAUGACAUCAGCGUUAUCACUCUCAUUAAUGGCGGAGAGAGUGCCCCUACUACACUGACACAACAAACGGCUGUCCCUCCUCCCACUGACCUGCGAUUCACCAAUAUUGGCCCAGACACUAUGCGUGUUGCCUGGGCACCCCCUUCAUCCAUUGAGUUGUCCAGUUUCCUGGUGCGCUACUCACCUGUGAAAAAUGAGGAAGAUGUUGCAGAGUUGUCAAUUUCCCCUUCAGACAACGUAGUGGUCUUAACAAAUCUCCUGCCUGGCACGGAAUAUUUAGUCAGCGUCUCCAGUGUGUAUGAGCAGCAUGAAAGCACACCUCUUAGAGGAAGACAGAGAACAGGUCUUGAUUCCCCAACUGGCAUUGACUUUUCUGAUAUCACUGCCAACUCUUUCACUGUCCAUUGGAUUUCUCCUCGAGCCUCCAUUACUGGCUUCAGGAUUCGCCAUCAUCCUGAGCGUGCUGGUGGAAGACCUCGAGAAGAUCGAGUGCCCCCCUCUCGGAAUUCCAUUACCCUUACCAAUCUUAACCCAGGCACAGAAUACGUGGUCAGCAUCGUUGCUGUUAAUGGCAGAGAAGAAAGUCUUCCCCUGGUUGGCCAACAAUCAACAGUUUCGGAUGUCCCGAGAGAUCUGGAGGUGAUUGCUGCAACCCCCACCAGCCUGUUAAUCACCUGGGACGCGCCAGCUGUCACAGUGAGAUACUACAGGAUCACCUAUGGAGAAACAGGAGGAACUAGCCCCGUCCAGGAAUUCACUGUGCCUGGGACCAAGUCUACAGCUACCAUCAGUGGCCUUAAACCUGGGGUAGACUACACCAUCACUGUCUAUGCUGUCACUGGUCGUGGAGACAGCCCAGCGAGCAGCAAGCCAGUUUCCAUUCAUUACCGAACAGAAAUUGACAAACCAUCCCAGAUGCAAGUGACUGAUGUUCAGGACAACAGCAUUAGUGUCAGAUGGCUGCCUUCAAGUUCCCCUGUGACUGGAUACAGAGUGACUACUAAGCCCAAAAAUGGUGGAGGACCAGUGAAAUCUAAAACCGUAGGUCCAGAUCAAACAGAAAUGACCAUUGAAGGCUUGCAGCCCACAGUGGAGUAUGUGGUUAGUGUCUAUGCUCAGCACCGAGACGGAGAGAGCCAGCCUCUAGUUGAGACUGCAGUAACCAACAUUGAUCGCCCUAAAGGACUGGCAUUCACUGAUGUGGAUGUCGAUUCCAUCAAAAUUGCUUGGGAAAGCCCACAGGGGCAAGUUUCCAGGUACAGGGUGACCUACUCGAGCCCUGAGGAUGGAAUCCAUGAGCUAUUCCCUGCACCUGAUGGUGAAGAAGACACUGCAGAGCUGCAAGGCCUCAGGCCGGGUUCUGAGUACACAGUCAGUGUGGUUGCCUUGCACGAUGAUAUGGAGAGCCAGCCCCUGAUUGGAACCCAGUCCACAGCCAUUCCUACGCCAACUAACCUGAAGUUCACUCAGUUGACACCCACGAGCCUGACUGCUCAGUGGACGGCACCCAAUGUCCAGCUCACUGGGUACCGAGUGCGAGUGACCCCGAAAGACAAGACAGGACCGAUGAAAGAAAUCAACCUUGCCCCUGACAGCACAUCUGUGGUUAUAUCAGGACUCAUGGUGGCCACCAAAUAUGAAGUGAGCAUCUAUGCCCUUAAGGACACUUUGACAAGCAGACCAGCUCAGGGAGUUGCCACUACUUUGGAGAAUGUCAGCCCCCCAAGGCGGGCCCGCGUGACAGACGCCACCGAGACCACCAUCACCAUCAGCUGGAGAACCAAGACUGAGACCAUCACUGGCUUCCAGGUGGAUGCCAUCCCAGCAAAUGGCCAGACUCCAGUUCAGAGAACUAUCAAGCCUGAUGUCAGGAGCUACACCAUUACAGGUUUGCAACCAGGCACUGACUACAAGAUCUACCUGUACACCCUGAAUGACAAUGCCCGCAGCUCCCCUGUGGUCAUCGAUGCCUCUACAGCCAUUGAUGCCCCAUCCAACCUGCACUUCCUGGCCACCACUCCCAACUCCUUGCUGUUGUCAUGGCAACCACCCAGAGCCAAGAUCACUGGCUACAUCAUCAAGUACGAGAAGCCUGGGUCCCCACCCAGAGAAGUGGUCCCUCGGCCCCGUCCUGGAGUCACCGAGGCUACAAUUACUGGUCUGGAACCAGGUACAGAGUAUACAAUUCAGAUCAUUGCCCUCAAGAACAACCAGAAAAGUGAGCCUCUGAUCGGGAGGAAAACAACAGAUGAGCUUCCCCAACUGGUAACCCUUCCACACCCCAAUCUUCACGGACCAGAGAUCUUGGAUGUUCCCUCCACAGUUCAAAAGACCCCUUUCAUCACCAACCCUGGGUAUGACACUGGAAACGGUAUUCAGCUUCCUGGCACUUCUGCUCAGCAGCCCAGUGUCGGGCAACAAAUGAUCUUUGAGGAGCAUGGUUUUAGGCGAACCACAGCGCCCACAAUGGCCACCCCCGUAAGGCAUAGGCCAAGACCAUAUUCGCCGAAUGUAAAUGAGGAGAUCCAAAUUGGUCAUGUCCCCAGAGGAGACGUAGACCACCAUCUCUACCCCCACGUUCUGGGACUCAAUCCAAAUGCCUCUACAGGACAAGAAGCUCUCUCUCAGACAACCAUCUCUUGGACCCCCUUCCAGGAAAGCUCUGAGUAUGUCAUUUCAUGUCAUCCAAUUAACGUUGAUGAAGAACCCUUACAGUUCCGAGUUCCUGGAACUUCUACCAGUGCCACCCUGACAGGCCUUACCAGAGGGGCCACCUACAACAUCAUAGUGGAGGCCCUGAAGGACCAUCAGAGGCACAAGGUUCGGGAGGAGGUUGUUACCGUGGGCAACUCUGCAAACCGUGGUCCCAACCAGCCUACGGAUGACUCGUGCUUCGACCCCUACUCAGUUUCCCACUAUGCCGUUGGAGAGGAGUGGGAGCGGUUGUCUGAAUCUGGCUUUAAACUCUCCUGCCAGUGCUUGGGCUUUGGCAGUGGUCAUUUCAGAUGCGAUUCAUCUAAAUGGUGCCACGACAAUGGCGUGAACUACAAGAUUGGAGAGAAGUGGGAUCGGCAGGGAGAAAACGGGCAGAUGAUGAGCUGCACGUGUCUUGGAAACGGAAAAGGAGAAUUCAAGUGUGAUCCUCAUGAGACAACAUGUUACGAUGAUGGAAAGACAUACCAGGUGGGGGAACAGUGGCAGAAGGAGUAUCUCGGUGCCAUCUGCUCUUGCACAUGCUUCGGAGGCCAGCGGGGCUGGCGCUGUGACAACUGUCGCAGACCAGGGGGAGAACCCGGUCCCGAAGGCGCCCCUGGCCAUGCCUACAACCCAUACUCACCCAGAUACCACCAGGGAACAAACACUAAUGUCAACUGCCCAAUUGAGUGCUUCAUGCCUUUAGAUGUUCAAGCUGACAGAGAAGAUUCUCGAGAGUAACAUUUCAACCUAGAGAAACAAGCAUGAAUCUCUGCCAACGCUCAUUCAAACUGGAGCAAUGUUAGGGGACCCCAGCAUAAAAUGUUUGUUUCUUUCUUCAGCCCUUUGCUCUGGAGUAACUCCUCCAGCUUCAGCUCAACUCACAGCUUGUCCAAGCAUCACCCUGGGUGUGUUUUGAGACUUUCCCUAUGAGGGGCAGCACACUGCCUGUUCUGCCCCCACGUGUUCAGUAUUUGAAAUGAAGUGAUUCAAACUUGUAAUCUGGUUUGGGCUCAGUAGGGAAGCAUACCCACCAACUAAGAUGCAAAAUGUAUUGAAAUGGUAGUACCAGAUUGUAAGUAGGAAAUUUACCCAAACACUUCUGCUUCCAUUUAACUGUCUGGCCCGCGAUAUUGUAGGAACAGCAUGUUCUUGUUCCUGUGGACUUUAAAAUAGCCACAGAACUUAACUUUUUCCAAAUGAUUCUAGUAAUUGCCUAGAAAUAUCUUUCUCUUCCUGUUAUUUAUCAAUUUUUCCCAGUAUUUUUAUAUGGAAAAAAUUGUACUGAAGACACUUGGUAUGCAGUUGAUAAGAAGAAUUGGGUAUAAUUGUGGUUGGUGAUUAUUUUUUAUACUGUACGUGCCAAAGCUUUACUACUGUGGAAAGACAACUGUUUAAUAAAAGAUUUACAUU